GGGCUUCGGGGCGGGGCAGGUUUAUAUCCGCGGAGGAUCAGCUGACGCCCUGCAUUGCAGACUGCGGAGUCAGACGGAGCCAUGUACGCUCUCUUCCUUCUGUCUAGCCUCCUGGGCGCGGCUCUAGGCAGCCCUGUCCUGGGCCUAAAAGAAUGCACCAGAGGCUCAGCAGUGUGGUGUCAGAAUGUGAAGACGGCGGCCGACUGUGGGGCUGUGAAGCACUGUCUGCAGACCGUCUGGAGCAAGCCGUUGGUGAAAUCCCUUCCCUGUGACAUUUGCAAAGAUGUCAUCACCGCAGCUGGAGACAUGUUGAAAGACAAUGCCACUGAGCAAGAGAUCCUCGUGUACUUGGAGAGGACCUGUGACUGGCUUCCUAAGCCGAACAUGUCUGCCUCGUGCAAGGAGAUAGUCGACUCCUACCUCCCAGUCAUCUUGGACAUGAUUAAAGGACAAAUGAGCCAUCCCGGAGAGGUGUGCUCUGCUCUCAAUCUCUGCGAGUCUCUUCAGAAGCAUCUGGCAGAGCUGAAUCACCAGAAGCAGCUUGAGUCCAAUAAGAUCCCAGAACUGGACAUGGCUGAGGUGGUGGCUCCCUUCAUGGCCAACAUCCCCCUCCUCCUCUACCCUCAGGACGGCCCCCGCAGUGAGCCCCAGCCAAAGGCUGGCGGAGAUGUUUGCCAGGACUGCAUUCAGAUGGUGACUGACAUCCAGAAUGCUGUAAGGACCAACUCCACCUUUGUCAAGGCCUUGGUGGACCAUGCCAAGGAGCAGUGCGACCGCCUGGGGCCUGGCAUAGCCGACAUGUGCAAGAACUACAUCAACCAGUAUUCUGAAAUUGCUGUCCAAAUGAUGAUGCACAUGCAGGAUCAGCAACCCAAGGAGAUUUGUGGUCUGGUUGGGUUCUGUGACGAAGUGAAGGAGAUGCCCAUGCAGACUCUGAUCCCUGGCAACGUGGUCUCAGAGAAUGUCAUCCCUGCCCUGGAACUGGUGGAGCCCAUUAAGAAGGACGUGGUCCAGGCGAAGGCUGAUGUUUACUGCGAGGUGUGUGAGUUAGUGGUGAAGGAGGUGGUCAAGCUGAUCGACAACAACAGGACCGAGGAAGAAAUACUUCAUGCUUUGCGUAAAGUGUGCUCAAAAUUGCCCGCGUCUUUAUCAGAGGAGUGCCAGGAGGUGGUGGACACUUACGGCAGCUCCAUCCUGUCAAUCCUCCUGCAGGAGGCGAGCCCUGAACUGGUGUGCAGCAUGCUCCAUCUCUGCUCCUCCCAGGAGCUGCCUGCACUGACUGCACACGUGACUCAGCUGAAGGACGGUGGCUUCUGUGAGGUGUGCAAGAGGCUGGUUAGCUAUUUGGACCGCACCCUGGAGAAAAACAGCACAAAGGAGGAGAUCCUGGCUGCUCUUGAGAAAGGCUGCAGCUUCCUGCCUGACCCUUACCAGAAGGAGUGUGAUCAGUUCGUGACUCAGUAUGAGCCCGUGCUGCUAGAAAUCCUGGUGGAGGUGAUGGAGCCUUCCUUCGUGUGCUUGAAAAUUGGAGCCUGCCCCGCAGCCCAUAAGCCUCUUUUGGGAACUGAGAAGUGUGUCUGGGGCCCAAGCUACUGGUGCCAGAACAUGGAGUCAGCAACCCAGUGCAACGCUGUUGAGCAUUGCAAACGUCACGUGUGGAACUAGAAGAAACAUUCCAUCUUGGAGAAACCGCAGCAUCUUUUCCUGCUUGUGUGUCUGCGGGAAUGAACACACAGCUCUGUUGACUCUGUUAUAAAAUUAGGGUCCCCUUUCCCUCACUCCAUUUCUUAUCUCCCUUAUUGUAGCAUUGCUGUCAGCACAGGAGGUGCCGAGCCCACUGCUGGCACAGCUACUCCGGUGUCCCUUUUCUCUCUGUUAGAUGGAUGACGACAUACUGUGCACUGGAGGUCCUUUAGCCUGCUCUUGCAUGGUGGUCAUCUGGAGGAGGGGGAGGGGGGCUCUGGGUGGUGGUGUGAGCCAGAGCUGCUUGACAGAGGCUGUCCAUCCUCUCGGCUGGGGCCUUGUUCUGAGGCCUCCGCCUACCCUAAGGAGGGCCCUCCUCUUCCUGGGCCAACAUGUUGGCUGCUAUACAAAGAAG